AAUGGUUUGGGAAAUUCUGAUGAUUUUAUCGGUAACUUUAACGCUCUCAGUUGGUGAAGAGAUUCCAGAUCUGACGGUCGCUUUUCAGCAAUAUGUAUCUGCCUGUACUUCUAGUCGUCUUUGUUCUACAAGUUGGAAUGUUUCCCCUCCUUUGAAAUCCAACGUUACACUUCCAGCGGCUUGUCCUCAGUGUGACUGUGACAAGUCUUGUGUUUUAAGAGGAACGUGCUGCCCAGAUAUUCUGUUCUCCGGAAAGGCUAUUCCAAAGUGUGUGGAUGUGACCGUUAUUGGAGAUGGAUCAGUCCAGUACUUCAUGGUUCCUUCGUGUAACAAACAAGACUCAUGCGAAGAACAACCGUUUGAUGCCAGAAUAAAAUAUACCCCUGUGAGUUCCCUAGAGACAUUUUAUUCGUAUCAAACGAAGGAAGUUGCGGAAAAAUAUGAAAAUCCUGAUUCUUUGAGGCAGUGGGGAGUAGAAUUCAUUUGUAAUAGUUCAGUUGAUAUUAACUUUAUUUCGGAUUAUUCGAAACUUUUAGAAACUGUUAAAGGAGAGGAUUGCAGGGUUAUGUAUACUCCAAACAACUUGGUCCAGGCCAAGAAAUGCAGCCCUCAAGUCAAUACAGUGAGUCUUUGCAAUACCACAGGACUUUGGGAAACAUAUGACCCAGGCGUUGAUUGGGCAUGCUCAAAUCUUUUUCAUCAAUCUGGACUUUUCGAGAACAUUUUCUGCCGCCUUUGUAAUCCAUCAAGGACCUCACAAAGUGAAGUAUCUUUGAUAUCGGUUUGCAAUGAAACUGGAUUAUGGAGGAAUUUUAAUAAAGAAAUUGAAGAGGCCUGUACGUUAGGACAAAAGUCACAUGUCACUUACCCCUUUAAGAAUAUAUUCUGUCGAAUAUGCAAUACUAACAGUGAAAAACAAAUGCUUUACAAAGAAGUGAAAGGAUUCAUCUCGGAAUCCAUUGGAGAACAUGGGUAUAUUUACCAUGUCAACAUGACAGCUUUCACAGAAGAAGAAGUAACUAAACUUAAACAAAUGUUCGAAGCAGACACCGUUUCACGGAGUUACUCAAACAUGAUUUGGAGAGAUGGGCAGUGGAAAAAUAAAUCAAACCUCAUAACACAGUAUCAAGCGAUAACCGGAGGUAGCAAAUGCAACCAGACCAUUGUAUAUAGUUGUAUUUGCGAUCCAUCAUGUUUUGAGGACUUAUCGAAGAAUUGCUGCAUUGAUUUCCUUCUUGAAUACAUCAUGGAUUCUCCAGUAUUCAAAUAUGUAAAGAAUACCUCAUUACAGAGCCUUGUUACUAUAUCAUCAUGCAAUGUUAAGAAUGUUUUUACAACCAAAUGCCUCAAUCCAUCGGAUGACUUUAUGGGAUCUUUCCCAGUGACAGAUUUAUCAAAAAACCUUCAUUUCCGCAGUGUCUACUGUUUUCUGUGCAAUCAAAGGAAUAUCUCUGACUUUACAAGCAUUGAGAAUGUUGUACCAUGGAAUAUUACCAUCAACAGUUCAGAAAUACUGGACAUUCAGUUCUACACUUCAGUUAUGGAUAUCACAAAAAUAGUACAUCUCUCCAAACAUGACGUAAUACUGUCUCCUCGUAUAUCUCUCUGGCCAAAGAGACCAGAGAGUGGGUUGGAAAAGAGAACUUGUAAUAGCACUGGAAAAUGGAAAACACUUGAUACCGACAUAUCAUGGGCCUGUACUUCAUUUUAUCUUCCGUUUGAAACCUAUUACAACGCCUUCUGCAAAAUUUGUAAUCCUAGUGUAGGAUCCCCAAGCCAAUUCAAAAUAUGUAAUGUCACGAGAAGGUGGGAUCUUCUGGAUAACGAUAUCAGGAGUGCCUGUGCAUCAUUUCCGGAGAUGAGUGCUUCAUUUCCUUUCAAGAAUCAGUUCUGUAAAUUCUGCAAUUUUCCUUCCUCGACCUAUCUAGAAAUUAUAGUACAACCUACUAAACAGACCCCCCACGCGUCCCUUCGUGACAUCUUCAGUGUCUUCAGUGUGUCUGAGAGGGAAGAGACGAAGGCAUGCAGCCAAUUUCACUUCCGAGAUGUAAGGGAUACCUGUAGAGAAAUGAGAUGUUAUCCAGGGAAAAUUCUCACUAAAGAUGGAUGUAUUCCUCUGCUUCCAAUCACAAGAAAUCUCAAUUACACUGUCUACUUUAGUGCCUCGAUAUUAAAUAAUUUCACAGGAAAAGCUGUCGCUGAAAAUCUGAUGUCAGAAUUAUUCAAUGUCAUCAAAUCAAUAACAAAUGCUUCAAACUUUAUAUACCAUUCAAAAGCCAAAGAAUUGACGAUUAAUGGCAACACGACUAUUGACAUUGAAAUUAAUUUCUUUGUGAAAGAUAUGAUUCAAAGGUUAGAGUCAGAAAAGUCGCUCCUGGAGUUAUGGGAAAAACCCAUGAAAUAUUUACAAAAGGAAAAUCCAUUUUAUUCUGAUAUUUUAUAUUUUCUAACACCAAAUAAAACCAAUUUUGACAAUCAGACAAACCUUUUAGCAGAAAAAAACGAGCCACAAAACGUUUCUCAAAAUGAGAGACCAUAUCGUAACGUCAUAAUUGCCCCAAUUAUCCUCUGUGAGCAAGUUGAACUGAACGAAUUUGAAAUUGAUUCUAGUGACAAAAGUCGGAAGUUGAUCAGGAUUAUCCAGUCAGACGUCACAUUGGAAGAAAGUGAUUACUAUAUCACCGAAAAUCAUAGCUAUGCCGUAUGCCUCGACGUGAUAUGUGCUGAUUCCAACUGUGAGGCGAUGGUUUCGGAAAUAAAAGAAUCGGCUCUACAAGAAGCCUUGCGCAUAUUCACAAUUGUCUGUACUGUCCCCUCUCUUCUGUGUCUCAUUUUAACAUUCACUCAUUAUUGUCUUUUUAAGAAGCUCCGUACAUUGCCAGGGAUACAUGUCAUGUCGCUUACAGUUUCAUUAUUUUUCUCUCAGUUUUUCUUUCAAUUUUUUCUUAGAAAAGAUUUCCAAGGCGACGCAGGUUGUCAGAUUGUAGGAAUGGUCAUUCACUAUUGGUGGAUGGUGAUGUUUUGUUGUUAUGGCCUCAACGGAUAUCUUAUGUUAAUGGCUUUCAGGGGCAGUUUCACAUUUCGUUCUGACGAUCGGCGAGUUAACAAGAAACACUUUGCUUUUUCAUAUGGACUUCCACUGGCUAUUGUCCUGCUUACUAUAAUUAUCAAUUCCGCUGCCUCUGGAGAUACAGGAUAUGGUUUAAAUUCCAUAUGUUUUUUAAACAACAAAGUUUCUUUGAUAGUUACAUUUGUGUUGGUGAUUGGUAUUAUUUGCUUAUGGAAUAUUGUGGUGUUUUGUGUCGUUGUAUACAAACUCCGUAAGUACCAAUUGCAGCAGCUAGAAUUGGGAAUAGAUCAAGCUGGCAAAGGAAUGUUUUCCACUUUUGUCAAAUUAUUCACCAUUUCAGGUAUUUCUUGGAUAUUUUUCUUGGUUGAUGCGUUUAUUCCAGAGAUCACUAUCUUUUCUUUCAUUGUAACAUUUGUAAACUGUCUGCAAGGUGUCCUGUUGUUCUGUCUAGAAGUUUGCAGCAAGAAGUCCCGAGAUAUGUAUAAGAAUUUCAGGGAAUCGAGACAGAGAACACGACCACGUCAGUCAUUUUCGCAAAACAGACGAAGUGUUUUGGAUGAAGCCAGAAGAAGAACUAUACGAGAUCGGUCUGACAGUUCUGAAUACGACAAUUCGGCCUUUUCCAGCUUUAAUGACGACAAUAGCACCACAAUUACCUCAACAACAUAG